AUGGAGCGGCGAUAUCUGCGACCCAAUGAACGUUAUCCAGUCCCACUGGAUGAAAGUUUCUGGACGAAUAUCGUAUGCACCAGUAGUAUAGGGCGAAGUGCCGCAGUUGCGCAUGAGCUUGAUCGGAUGCAUACGUCGAAUGUUGUGGCUGAAGUUGAGAGAGCUCUUCGAGAGAACAAAGAGGAUAUCAACGAUGCUAUCAUGAAACAGAUAGCACCUUCAGCGGUAAAUGUUACGGGAAUUCAGUACGAAAAUUUGAUAAGCUUGAGUUUCGAUCAUGAUGAAUUAAUAAGACAGGAAGAAAAUAGACGAAGACGAAUGCGUGAAAGGAUCAUCAGUGCUGCACUCAGAAAAGAAUAA